GUUUGCCGUCACCCACGUGCGAUAAGCAGUACCAGUGUGCAAAGCGUUAGCGCCCAGAUCUACCCGACAUAGUUGCGGUCGCUUCGCCGCUAACAGCGGUGUCGCCGUCCUGUUGAAGUCCGCGCUGAAAUCCCCUACCUAACUUGACUCGUAGCUGUCUUAGACGCUGCUUUUAAGCUGUGAGCCACAUCUUCUAGUGGGUAUAGUGUAACUAUAGGAUAUUCGCACAACACUAUAAGUCCGUCGCAUUGCUGGUGCUGAGUUGGAAGGGCUUCGGCGGGGCCCAGCAAUAGUAAAUUGAGAGAUUGUUAUAGACUUGUAGGCGACCGUCUUGAGUCAGGUUACUUUAAUAACCACAGCGGCAUAACAUUCAGCACUGAUUUUAGUGAAUGGCGCAGCCACCGCCUCCCGAUCAGGACUCGCUGCAUGGGGAAAACGCUGCUCGGCGACAGGCUAUUACCGAGCUACUCUUCUUCGCUAGCGUCGGUGACUUGUACCGAUGCAAGAAGAUUAUUUACGCUUGGGGCCUAAAUAUUAAAGACGCUUCUUGUUGUGACUACGACCGGCGCACACCCCUGCACCUUGCAUCGGCAGAGGGUGCGUUCUCGGUUGUGCUUUGGCUGCUGGACCAUGGCGCCGAGGUCAACCCGGUGGAUCGCUUCAAGAGGACACCCUUGGAGGACGCAGUCCGCGGCGACCACGGCGACCUGGCCACGCUGCUGCUGCAGCGCGGCGGCAAGGUGCUGGACAAGGAGGGCGCGCUGGUGGACCUGGCAGACAGCCCGCUGGCGGGGAACGUGCGCAUCUUCACCGACUACGACCCCGAGUGGGAGAUCGACCCCGUCACCAUCAAACUCAGCGAAAAAAUCGGCGAGGGCGAGUUCGGUGUGGUGUACAAGGCCAACUGGAACGGCACGCUGGUCGCCGUCAAGGUGCUGAAGGAGACGGGUGCGGUGGCGCUCGGCGACUUCCGUACGGAGCUGAACGUGCUGCAGAAGGUGCACCACCCCCACACGGUCCAGUUCCUGGGUGCGGUCACCAAGCAGACGCCCUUCAUGAUCGUCACCGAGUACAUGGUGGGCGGCAGCCUGGCCGACCUGUUCAAGGGGCAGCGCUUCCCCUCCAUGUGGCGGGCGGUGCAGCUGGCGCUGGACAUGGCGCGGGGGCUGGCCUACCUGCACAACCGCAGCCCGCAGGCUGUCAUCCACCGUGACCUCAAGCCCGCCAACCUCAUGAUCGGCGGCCCCAAGGUCUUCUCAGCAAACCACCGGGCGCUAUGUCAGGAGGAAAUGGGGGUCCUCAAGAUCGCCGACUUCGGUCUGUCCAAGUCGCUCAAGCUGACCCGGCCCAAGCGCCACCGCGGCUCGCUGGACAUGACUCCCGACAACUCCGUGCUCAACGGCCGCCAGAACAGUCUGGCGGGCACUCCCAAGGGGUCGGUGCACAACAACGGCGGAGGUGGCGGGGGAGGAGGCGGCGGCGGCAGCGCGCAGGGCGAUGGCGAGAAGGCGACCCAGAGCUACAAGCUGACGGGUGAGACCGGCUCCUACCGAUACAUGGCUCCCGAGGUGUUCCGCCAUGAACCCUACAACAACAAGGUGGACGUGUACAGCUUCGCCAUGAUCUGCUUCCAGCUGUUCGAGGGCAUGCCACCGUACUGGAACAUGGACCCCAUUGAGGCGGCGCGGGCGGCGGCGCUGAAGGGUCUGCGCCCGCAGUGGGGCGUCACCAACCGCCGAGAUCAGGUGGUGCCCCCCCGCCUGAAGCGCCUGGUGGAGACCUGCUGGGCGGCAGACUACGAGAGCCGCCCCGAGUUCACGGAGGUGAUUGAGAUGUUGGAGGAGGUGGCCAAGGAGAUCAAACCCGAGCUGGCGUCGGAGGCGAAGCGGCCCAGCAGCGCCACCGGGCGCAAGGAGGCGCCGCCAGUGGCGGACAGCAGCCACUGCUGCAGCCUGAUGUGAGGGAGGGCGGGGGCGAGGAGAGCGACGACCCGUGGGUCAUGAGCGACCCGCGGGUCAUGCGGGAGUGGAGAAGGAGCUGUGGAGGCGUGAAGCGCUUUGGUAUUGGUUUUCACUGCCCGACCUAUGCUUGUAUGUGAUUGUAUCGAUUAAUGAAGAUGUGAGUGGGGGAGGGUGAGAGGGAGAUAGGUGUGGGGAGGUGGGUGGAGUAAGGGGUUUGGAUGGAAGAUGUAGUGGGGAGGACUGGGCGGCAUUGGAUCGCUGCUGCCGUGUAUUAGUGCUGAUGCGGCGGCAUCUGGGUCGGGAGGGUGAGAGCAAAGGUUGACGCUGUGGUUACUGCUGCACAUGACUUGGUGACUCCCGCGCUGUCAAGGGGCCGGGGGCAGGGAUACAUAGGGGGUCGGCUGCAAACACGGCUUUCCUGCUUCGACGCCGAUGCCGACAGAUCUUGAAAUGCUCGUAACUGGCUGGGAGCAGCGAUCUGGGCGAAAGCAUUGCUCCUUUCACAUCUCCUUGACUUUGGUUAGGUGCCCUAAGAUAAGCCCGAGGGCCCUUGGCGGGGUCCUUUGAAUACGGUAUGUCUUGCUUAGCUAAUCACAAAAGGUGCUUGCAUGGUUGUGGGCUUGUGGCUUGGACAUGAUUGCCCGUACAUUUUGGUACGGCUGCCGCUCGGGGCGGCCGUUGUGAGUUAGUAUGAGUGAAGUUACACUUGGGAAGGGGGCCGGAUGGCUCGAUUGGAUGUUAGGUGAAGGAGAGUGGAGAGGAUUAGAGGUCGCGAGAGAGAAAAAAAGUGGGGACGGCUGUGUUGCCAGCAGCACAGUCUUGACUGAUGAAUGUUACAACCCUUGCUUUGGACGCUCUUGGCGGUUUGGCUCGAUUGCUGCUACGGCCACGGCUUUCCCUUCACCGAGCGAUCCAAGGAUCCAGAUUCUGCUGCUGUUGCAAUUGUGGGUCUCUGGCACCGACACGGUUGUGGAUGCUGCUGUGGAUUCCUGACACAACCAUUCUGGGGCCCGGAAGGCCGGCGAAGACGCAUAGAAACUGGAAAGGCGUUUCUGACCUCAUCAUGGCCACCAUUAGCGUUGCUGGCCGCCCCCGUUAUUUGCAUUGGUGAGUAUUGAAUUCCUGGAAUUAACUUGGAGUGUGUGCCGGAAGCGGCAGAAAUGGGCUUUACAUGGGGUAAUGCUUGGGUUAGGGCUCGAUGUCGAGAUGCUGCCGUGGAGUGCGGGGUUGGUUUGGUGCUUGACUGGAAGACGUCAGCAUGUGUGUUGGUGUGCAGACGAUAUACUUUAUGAUGCAUGCCCAUGGGAUAGUCUUGAUCCAAAGCAAUGGAUUGAGAUCUCUUGUGGAGGGGUUCUCAUGGUGAUCCCUCGAGCCACACCGUUGCUUUGAGAGAUGACCCCUGGGCCCAUUCCUUACAAAAUGGUGUAAGUUUAACCACCCAACCUACAGCCUCCAUACACAAGUAUGCAGCUCCUUGACCUGUAUUGUCCUAUAAACCAAUACACACCGAACUCUUAGACAGCGGUUCAAGCGGUUACCAACAUAGCUGACCACCCAACAGCGAUUUGCGCUUCAACAAGAAACUGCACGCCGUAUGGGCCAUACCCUCGUGUCCAUGGCUAGGGACUAGGGAACAUGCGGUCGAGGAGGAAAAACCCACAGACGCCACUCACAUCCUGGUCACGGUCAGUGUUUCCUCGCGGCUCACUUCAUCUAAUCCUAGUACGAG